UGUGGGCCUCCACGGCUGGAAGGGGAGGCGGGAGGCUGUGGCCGCCUCAAGGCACGGACCGGUCCACCUGGCCCUUCGGCCUGGCUUGACUCAGAAGCCGCCUGCGGGCACCUGGGGGUUCGCGGAGGAGGUCUGCAAAUGAAGAGCCCAGAAAAGAAGCGAAGGAAGUCAAAUACUCAGGGCCCUGCAUACUCACAUCUGACGGAGUUUGCGCCACCCCCGACUCCCAUGGUGGAUCACCUGGUUGCAUCCAACCCUUUUGAGGAUGACUUUGGAGCCCCAAAAGUGGGGGGUGCGGCCCCUCCAUUCCUUGGCAGUCCUGUCCCCUUUGGGGGCUUCCGUGUACAGGGGAGCAUGGCAGGCCAGGUGCCCCCAGGCUACAGCACUGGGGGUGGAGGGGGACCCCAGCCUCUUCGUCGACAGCCCCCUCCUUUCCCUCCCAACCCCAUGGGCCCUGCUUUCAGCAUGCCCCCCCAGGGCCCUGGGUACCCACCGCCAGGCAACAUGAACUUUCCUAGCCAACCUUUCAGCCAGCCUCUGGGUCAAAACUUUAGCCCACCUGGUGGGCAGAUGAUGACUGGCCCAGUGGGGGGAUUUGGUCCCAUGAUCUCACCCACAAUGGGACAACCUCCCAGGGGGGAGCUGGGCCCCCCUUCCCUCCCCCAGCGCUUUGCCCAGCCAGGGGUGCCUUUUGGUCCUUCUCCUCUCCAGAGACCUAGUCAAGGGCUCCCCAGCCUGCCCCCCAACACAAGUCCCUUCCCUGGUCCGGACCCUGGCUUUCCUGGCCCUGGUGGUGAGGAUGGGGGGAAGCCCUUAAAUCCACCUGCUCCCACUGCUUUCCCCCAGGAGCCCCACUCAGGCUCCCCAGCUGCUGCUGUGAAUGGGAAUCAGCCCAAUUUUCCCCCAAACAGCAGUGGGCGGAGUGGGGGCACCCCAGAUGCCAAUAGCCUGGCACCCCCUGGCAAGGCAGGUGGGGGCUCAGGGCCCCAGCCACCCCCAGGCCUGGUGUAUCCAUGUGGUGCCUGUCGGAGUGAGGUGAAUGACGACCAAGAUGCCAUUCUGUGUGAGGCCUCCUGCCAGAAGUGGUUCCACCGCGAGUGCACAGGCAUGACUGAGAGCGCCUACGGGCUGCUGACCACUGAGGCCUCUGCCGUCUGGGCCUGCGAUCUCUGCCUCAAGACCAAGGAGAUCCAGUCUGUCUACAUCCGCGAGGGCAUGGGGCAGCUGGUGGCUGCUAACGAUGGGUGAUGCUGGCGAGGUGUCCAGGGAAGUGCGUAUGUCCCUCCCUGCUCUUCCAGGGUGAUUGUUUUCCUGUCUGGCUCUUGGUCCUUGUUUCCACUGGCUUCCCAUUCCUGUGGGGCAGAAACACAAUGGCUCCUGGGGGCAGAAAAGGGACCGAGGUGGGCAGGCAGAAGAGCCUGGAUCACUCACUUUUUCUGGAAAGUUACUGCGGUGAGAUCUACAGAGGUCCAGAAAACCAAAGCCCUGCCCAGCAGAGCCAUUUUUGGUGGCUCUUCUGGAGGCCUAGGGGGUAUGGCUGCAAGAGAAAAGAGGCUGGAGGAAGAUCUGAAGGGCAGGGAUGUCCCCGCUGCAGAUGAUGGAUACCCCCAAUACCUGUGCCUAACACUCCUGUCUAGCCCCACAGCUCCAGCCUUAGUUUUUGGAGUCCAGUGUUAAAGGUUUCUGGUCAGAGGAUUUGGGAUCUCUUCCCGUCCCUGCAAUAGCCCUUUCAUGGGUGCUGGGAGACAGCUUUAGGGAAUAAAUGGAGAUUUUCCCCUUUUCCCUCUCCCUUUCCUCCUCCAAGACCUACCUGACUCCUCCCCCUUUAGAGAACCAAAUAGCUUGAAGGAGCAGGAGAGUACGUGGCUAUGGCAGUUUCUUGGUGAUUUGAGGCUUCAAGACAGUAAGUAAGUGAUGCUGUCAGGACAUGUCUCCCUCAUACCAAAGUCACUGGUCCUUUCUCAGCCUCUCUUGUGCUUUUCUCCUAAUGACCAUAUUUUUUGCCAAAAAUUGGGGUACAUGUCUGACCAGAAUAUUUGACGUUUGGACUGUCCUGGAAGCCUGGACUCUGUGGUUGUACCACCCUCCCCCCUCCCCUUGCUCACCUGUUGCACAUUAUUCUCAGCGCCGGUCUUCCAACUUUUGGCGCCCUCACUCCCCUGCCUCCCUGGCUUGAUUGAAGGAAAGCUUGAAAAGGCACAGAGCCCUUAUACCUCAUUCUCCCUCCUGAUAAAAGGAUCCCUAUUACAGACUGGGUAGGGGAGGUGGCGGGCCCCUCACUGCCAGGGCACUAAGAUGCAGUCCAGAGCCAGGAUGAGGUUUGCUUCUUUCCCUGCUAUUCUUGACAUCUUGGGCCGGUGAUCUAGCAGCUCUCAUUUUACUCUCAGCCAGGGUCCUGUACUGGGCUUUGUUUUUAUUUUACUUUUUUUUUAAAGCACUGCCUGCCAGAGAUGGAGCUGGGGCCUGAUCAGGAGCCCCUCACAGCUGCUCUCCUUAGAGUUCAUGCACACAUUCCUCAGUGGGGUGAGGAAGGCAGGCUUGGGGUGUGACCCUGAGAGGAGCUGAUGGUCCCCUGCCCCCACUUUUCCUGGGACCCUAGCGUGUGAAGAGAAGCCAAGUAUACUGCAGAACUCAUCUGCCUGCCCUUUGGGGCUGUGAGAAAGAAGGGAGCAGCCUCUGGGCUUCUCUCCUCCAGUGUCCCCCAACUUGGAACAGCAGAGAUGGCAACCCCCCACUGCUCAACUUUGUGUUGUGUUUGUGGUUCUGUUUGCCCCUCUUACCUUUUGCUGUUUGUGCUCUCCCCCCAUCUCCACAUUUUGUAAGACGGCUACUGGAGGGGGUGUGUCUGCUCAAUCCUCCCUCACUCCACUGCUUUUUGGAAGAAAGUGGGGGUGGCAGAGGUGUGGUGGUGGGGAAAGUCUUUUGUACUGUUGGAUUAAUAAAAUGACUUGGAAAUUCUA